AUGUUGGAUAAUAAGUUCGUGGUAAUCAUGGGUGCUACAGGCACGGGUAAGACGAAGCUAUCAAUUGAUGUGGCCAAGGUAAUUGGUGGCGAGGUGAUCAAUGCUGACAAGAUGCAAAUUUUUGCUGGACUUGAUAUUACCACUAAUAAGGUGAGUAUACAUGAUCGAUGUGGUAUCCCUCAUCACCUUAUUGGUGUUGUUCCUGCCACUACCCGCGACCUCGCUGUGUCCUUCUUCCAAUCUAUUGCCACUGCCACCGCAAACUCCAUUCUAAGGCGUAAUCUGAUGCCGGUCAUUGUAGGUGGAUCAAACUCACUCAUACAUGGACUCCUUGUUGACUACUUUGAUUCCUCACUUGCUAAUCCUUUUGCGCUUGCCAAUUAUUGGCCAUCCUUGUGAUUUCAAUGCUGCUUCCUUCGGAUCCAUGCUAAUGAACUUGUUCUUAAUGAAUAUCUCAAUCACCAUGUCGAUGAAAUGGUGGAUGCUGGUUUGUUCAAGGAGCUGAAAGAUUAUUUUGAUGCAUCUAGCAAUUUUGUUCAGCAAACUGGACUGGGCAAGGCCAUCGGUGUUAAAGAGUUAGGCAAAUACUUCAUGGGGCACCAGAGCUAUUGUGAUGCUAUAGACAAAAUGAAAGAUAACACACAAGCUCUUGCAAAAGCGCAGAAUGCAAAGAUUCAUCAUAUGGUUGAUGUCCGGGGAUGGCCUAUUUUUUCUCUCGAUGCCACAGAAACCAUACGGGCGCAUAUCAAUGGAUCAUACCAGAUGGCUGAGGCUAAGGCAUGGCAACACGAUGUGAGUGGACCUGCACUUAAUGCUAUAAGUGAGUUUUGCAAUAAUUUUAAUGGUUUCUAA